AGGUACUCUGUGUCUGCAUGCUAACUACAAUCCUAGGAUGUAUAUUCGGCCUGAAGCCUAGCUGUUCAAAAGACGUGAAAACCUGUAAAGGUCGUUGCUUUGAAAGGACGUUUGGAAGCUGUCGCUGUGAUAGAGAUUGUGUGAAGCUUGGAAACUGCUGCUUAGAUUACCAGGAGGCAUGUAUACAACCAGCCCGCAUAUGGACCUGUAAUAAAUUCAGGUGUGGAGAGAAGAGACGACCAGAAUAUCAUUGCUCCUGUUCAGAUGAUUGUGUGGAAAAUAAAGAUUGCUGUGUCAAUUAUCAUGCUGUCUGUAAAGGAGAGGCAAGCUGGGUUGAAGAAGAGUGUGAGGACAUUACUGAACCUCAGUGUCCAAAAGGAUUUACCAAAUCCCCAGUGUUACUGUUUUCACUGGAUGGCUUCAGAGCAGAAUAUUUGAAGACUUGGGGUGGACUUCUACCUGUUAUUAGCAAAUUACAAAAAUGUGGAACGUAUACGUCCAAUAUGAGACCAGUGUAUCCAUCAAAAACAUUUCCCAAUCACUACUCCAUUGUCACAGGGCUGUAUCCUGAAUCUCAUGGUAUAAUUGAUAACAAGAUAUAUGACCCCAAAAGAAAUGCAUCUUUCACCCUUAAAAAUGAGGAAAAGUUUAAUCCACAGUGGUACCAAGGACAGCCUAUUUGGUUAACAGCUAUGUAUCAAGGCCUCAAGGCGGGGACGUUCUUCUGGCCUGGCUCAGAUGUAGCAGUUAAUGGAAGCUUUCCAAACCUGUUUGAAAAAUACAAUGGCUCAAUUCCAUUUGAAGAAAGAGUGAUAACUGUUCUUCGCUGGCUCCAAUUACCCGAAAAAGAAAGACCACACUUUUACACUCUGUAUUUAGAAGAACCAGAUUCCUCGGGCCAUAGGUUUGGACCAGUAAGCAGUGGAGUCAUUUUGGCAUUACAGAGAGUGGACAGCAUAGUUGGGAUGCUGAUGGAUGGUCUCAAACAACUGAACUUGCAUAAGUGCCUGAACAUUAUUUUUGUAUCAGAUCAUGGAAUGGAAGCAGGGAGCUGUAGAAAAACUGCGUAUCUGAACACCUAUCUGGACAAUGUUCAAGAUUUCCUAAUAAUACCUGGCCCCGCUGCUCGCUUAAGACCUAAUAAUGUUCCAGAUGAGUAUUUCUCUUUUAAUUAUGAAGGCAUUGUCAGAAACCUCACAUGCAUGGACCCAAAUCAGCCUUUCAAAGCAUAUAUGAAGCAGCAUCUUCCGAAACGUUUUCAUUUUGCCAAUAAUGACCGAAUUGAACCAUUACAUUUUUAUUUAGAUUCCCAGUGGCAACUUGCUAGGAGACCACUUGAGAUUAAAAAUUGCAGAGGUGGAUUCCAUGGCUCAGACAAUCGCUUCGCCAGUAUGCAGGCUAUAUUUAUUGGCUUUGGUCCAGGAUUCAAGUUUCAUACUCAAGUUGAUCCAUUUGAAAAUAUCGAAGUCUAUAAUUUGAUGUGUGGGUCCAUACUUGCUCUAACACCUGCUUCUGUGAGAGACAAAAGUGUUACCAAAAGAUUUGAUCCAGAAAGCACUUAAUGGGAACACUGCACAUGUUUGAGAUCAGUGGCAAUAUUCAGAUUUGCUUGAUUUGCAACCAGCCCCAAACAAUGGAACUCAUGGCCGCCUAAACCAUCUUUUAAGGAACCCUGUUUACACCCCCCAC